AUGUCGACCUCAACAUCCUCCCCAAAAGACCUCGUCACCUUUCUACAUUCCUCCUUCCAUUCUGCAGUACCAGUCACUACCUCGGUAGCAGAUCUAUCUAGCAACACCUCCCACCAGCUUUACCCUGACACUGUCUACACGGACAACGAGAAGGUCGAAACAUCACAAUGGCUGACUGCAUCAUCUCAUCUUGCUGCCUCUGAUGAGGACGAGGCAAAACAUGCCGAACGUCUGGGCUCACUCAACAUCCACCUCUCUACUCGCACAACUCUACUCGGCAGCAAGCCUUCAAUAGCAGACGCAGCCAUGUUUCACAGAUUAGCCCCAGCAGUGAGAUCAUGGAGUGCCGAGGAACGGACCGGCGAACAUGGCUACCAUCACAUCGUACGAUACAUCGAUUUUGUGCAAAAUGCCCCGUUAUUUGGGCUGUCACUCUCAGCAGACGACAAGGUCAACAUCGAUGCUAGCGACCUCAAAUUUAUACACAAGCCUCUAGAUCCCAAGGAGGAGAAAGAGCGCAAGAAGAAAGAGAAAGCUCUAGCCGCAGCUGCAGAAGGGCAGGCGCCAUUAGUGGUUGGCAGAGGCAAGGAGGGCAAGGGCAAGGCACAAGAAGAAGCGCAAUCCAAAACAGCAAUAGCUGAUGGCGCCACGCCCCAACCCAGCAAGAAGGAAAAGAAAGAAAAAGCUCCUAAACCAGCCAAGCAACCGCCGAAAGAGACGCCCCUCUCCCCACACCUCAUUGAUCUCCGCGUCGGCCACAUUCUCAAAGCCGUCCCGCACCCCAACGCCGAUUCUCUCUACGUCUCUACCAUCGCCUGCGGAGACCCUCCCGGUACUGAAAACACCUCGGAACAUGAAGGCAAGGUCGUACGUACUGUAUGCUCUGGGCUCAACGGUUUGGUACCGCUGGAGGAAAUGCAGGGGAGGAAGAUCAUAGCUGUUUGCAACCUCAAGCCUGUGACGAUGAGAGGUGUGAAGUCUGCUGCUAUGGUUCUAGCCGCGUCACCGAGGUCAAAGGAAGGCGAAGAGGACAAUCACAAAGGUCCAGUGGAAUUGGUCACCCCCCCGGAAGUAGCGGCUGCUGGCGAGAGGGUGUGCUUUGAUGGGUGGGAAGGGGAGCCAGAAGGGGUACUGAAUCCAAAAAAGAAAGUCUGGGAGAGCUUGCAACCCGGGUUUACUACGACCGAGGGCCUAGAAGUGGGUUUCGAGGCGAGUGGAGUGGAAGCCUUGAAGGAUACAGAUGGGGAUAAGGGGAAGGGAGUAAAGCGGUUGGUGACGAAGAGUGGAGGGCGGUGUACUGUGAAGAGCUUGAAAGGAGCGGUGGUGCGAUAG